GUCCGUUGAGCUGAUUUUCCUCAACCUCUGGAAAAGGAUUACAAAUCGUCACGCCCAUGCUUUGACCGUAAUCUCUAUGAAAAGCCCUCUACGAUCACGCCUUAUAGCCUCUGUUGAGAAAGGAAUCACAAAUCCUUAGCCCUCCUAUAGCUUCAGCUAUCAUCCCAGGAACAGAAAACCCUAAACCAUGAACCCUACGCUGGCUACAUUGUCAUCACCAUCAUCCUCUUUCCUCCGUCUCAAAACCCGCUUCUCCCUUCCUCCUCCCUCCUCAACUCUCCUUAACCCCCACCCUCUCCCUUCCCUUAGCGUUAGGGCUUCCUCCAAUCCCACCCCUAACCUCAAAUCCUUCGCAAAGACCACAAUUUUGCUCGGUGCAACCACUUUAAUGAUCGGAAAGUUUUCUCAGUUUCCGGCCAAAGCAGAGUCUCCAGUGACAGUCACCGAACAAACUUCCAUUCUGGAAGAGAAUACUCAAGAGCAAGAGACAGCAUCCCCACUGUCGGAUUUCCUCGAAUCCAAUACCGAGGCCAUUGAAGCACUCAAAUCGGUUUUGCAACAGAAGCUUGAAAGUGGGGAAGACGAAGAGGCGCUCAACAUUUUAAACCGGUUAGUGUCUUUGCAGCCGAAGGUAAUGGAAUGGAAAUUCUUGUUGGCGAGGUUGUUAAGUGAAAUGGGUCAGACAGAGAAUGCACGUAAUGUGUUCGAGGAAAUUCUUGACAGAAAUCCCCUGUCCUUUGAGGCAUUGUUUGAGAAUGCUUUACUGAUGGAGCGUUGUGGGGAUGGGGAAGCAGUGAUGAGGAGAUUGGAAGAAGCAUUGUCAAUUGCGCAGGACGAGAAUAAAGUGAAGGAAGCAAGGGACGUGAGGCUGAUUAUUGCACAGAUACUGUUCUUGCAGAAGAAUGUGGAGGAGGCCUUGAAGAGUUACCAAGAGCUGGCCAGAGAGGAUCCCAGUGAUUUCAGGCCGUAUUUCUGUCAGGGAAUGAUAUAUAGUUUGCUUGAUCAGAAUGAGGAGGCUAAAGAGCAGUUUGCAAAGUACAGAGAGCUUUCACCCAAGAAGUUUGAGGUGGAGGGGUAUUUGAGAACACCAUUGUCAAGGAUUAAGCUUUUCGGGACCAAUGACAGCAUAUCAUAAUGGGUGAGUUGUGUGUGGAAGCUCUAGAAAAUGCUUGUACUUUGGUUUUGUAAUCCAUAAAAUCAAACUGUAUCACGGCAGGCUAGAAUGUGCAAUUGAAUUCAUUUGCAAUUUUGGUGGAGGUAUGGACUUAAAUUUUUGUGAGAUGACAAGUUUCAAAUGUUAUAUCUCAGGCAGCUCUUUUCUCUUUGUUCAUGUUUUCAUGAUCAGUCCUUUUUCCUUAAAGGCCCUGUUUUUUGAUAUCACUUGUAAAAAAAAAAAAGGUAUUAAAUAAGAGAGAGAGAGAGAGAGAGAGAGAGAGAGAGAGAGGAAAUGUUAUGAGUGAAAAAGUUUAUGACCCCAUUGUUCUUAAC